AACCCACGCUGAAAUUUUAAAUUGACCAAAUCUUCUAAAAUGCUAUUGUAUUUUUAUUAAAUCAAUAACUUAAAUUUACGAGGCAUGUCUACUAAACGCAAAUUUAGCAUUGAAGACAUUGACGGGUCUGUCCAGAAGAAGCCAUGCAUGUAUAUUCUAGAUGAGCAGCAGAUAUUACAUCUUUUAACACAAAAGGAACCUCAGAUGAUAGAGAGAAUGGAAGUCAUGGAUGCAACCUACACACCUCAGGCAGAAUCUCAGAAGCCACACACAGGGGGCAAUAAACUCAACUUUCCCAUCAACAGUUUCCCUCUACAGGGCCUCAACAACAACAACCACCAAUCAGAGUGUAUGAGAUGCUUAGCAGGGGAACCGGGACAUUUCCGGCAUGUGAAGACAUACAGUUGACAUAUAAAAAGAUCAAGUGUUAAUUACAGAACAAAUCACUUUGCUGUCAUAAAUGGAUGGAAGAAUGCUCACAGCUCGCAGUGAUCAGCCACCUUGAACAUUAUGAUAAGAGUACUGUCAAGUUGUUCAUGUGAUUUUCAUUUCACAGUAACAGUUGUCCCCCUUUAUGCAGCAUCAACAGGCACACUUGUUUUCAUGGUUGAUUUUAUGACAUGUUUUAUCAUAUUUUUUGUCUGUAUGUGUGUGUACAUUAUUGAAGACAAAAAUAAUUGUUAACAAAAUUAUGUGAAAUUUAUUCUGAUAAUUGAUUUAAUUCAAUUAUGAAGAUUUUAUGAAAAAAAGUCACCUAAUUCAGUAGUGUU